AACCGCGUUAUCCUCACGGGUCCUGGCGUGAGUCCGCGAUAAGUGGUUUCCUCGAACUUGCAAGUUGCAAGACAGAGUCGACUACCUUUAUAUUUGCAAUCCACCCGUUAAAAAUAUUGCAAAAUUCGAUCUUCCCCUCCAGUUUCGACUCUAUUGGAAGCUCCCAUCUAUUGCAGGGAUCGUUUUGAUCGACAAUGAACAUAUUCGCGAAAAAACCUACAGCGAGAGAUGCGCUUCGUGAGAGUAAGAAGGAAAUGUCCCAUGCCACAAGAGGUAUCGAGAGGGAGAUUGGCACAUUGCAAUUAGAAGAAAAGAAACUUCUUGCCGAGAUAAAGAAGACUGCCAAAACGGGAAAUGAGGCAGCAACUAAAAUUCUUGCCCGUCAGCUUGUCAGGCUGAGGCAGCAAAUUGCCAAGUUGCAGAGUAGUCGAGCUCAAAUGCGAGGAAUCGCAAUUCACACACAGGCAGUGCAUGCUAACACAUCAGUUGCUGCUGGGAUUAAGGGUGCAAGUAAUGCAAUGGCAGCUAUGAAUAAGCAACUCACACCUGCAAAGCAGAUGAAGGUGAUGCAAGAAUUCCAGAAGCAAUCCGCACAAAUGGACAUGACGACUGAAAUGAUGUCAGAUACGAUAGAUGAUGCCUUGGACAAUGAUGAGGCUGAAGAUGAAACCGAGGAGCUAACAAAUCAGGUGCUAGAUGAAAUUGGUGUUGAUGUUGCAUCACAGUUAUCAGCAGCUCCCAAAGGGAGAGUUGCAGGAAAGAAGGUUGAGGAUGUUGGGAGUUCCGGUGUGGAUGAGCUUGAGAAGAGGUUAGCAGCCCUUAGAAAUCCGUGAACCGGAGAUUCAACUCCUUUUACAUUGUUGGAGUUUUUUAUUCUCAGCAAUACUAUGCACAUGCCCUCAACGACAAUGGCCCGAGGAGAAUCAAAUUCAUUGUAUCGCUCCAGAACGGUUUCCCAGUGACUGCUUGGGUUAGAUUUAUUCAGACGUGGCCCAUUUCUGCAUCACUUUUGAGCAUGAAACCCAGCUACAGUUAAUAAUACAUCUCAACAUCUGUAUGUUUUGUGCAGCUUAUACUUAUGACUCUUCUAAGCUGCCAUUGGUCAUAUUUUUUGGAUUGUAUAGAAGAAAAAGAACUGAAAAUUGUUAGUUCUAAGUUUUUUGCUUGGUUUUAUGAUUCAAGAAAUCGUUUUAUGAUCAAAACUCUAAAACAUGUAAAGGUAGGCACCACUUGAGCCUAAUAUAAUGAUAAGGUUUCUGUGUGUCAAAAGUUUCGAAGUUCAA